CUCUUCCUCUCGGUCCCAUAUUGAACUCGAGUUGGAAGAGGCGAGUCCGGUCUCAAAAUGGAGGUAAAACCGCCGCCCGGUCGCCCCCAGCCCGACUCCGGCCGUCGCCGCCGCCGCCGGGGGGAGGAGGGCCAUGAUCCAAAGGAACCAGAACAGUUGAGAAAACUGUUUAUUGGUGGUCUGAGCUUUGAAACUACAGAUGAUAGCUUAAGAGAACAUUUUGAGAAAUGGGGCACACUUACAGAUUGUGUGGUGAUGAGAGACCCCCAAACAAAACGUUCCAGGGGCUUUGGUUUUGUGACUUACUCUUGUGUUGAAGAGGUGGAUGCAGCAAUGUGUGCUCGACCACACAAGGUUGAUGGGCGUGUAGUGGAACCAAAGAGAGCUGUUUCUAGAGAGGAUUCUGUAAAGCCGGGUGCCCAUCUAACAGUGAAGAAAAUUUUUGUUGGUGGUAUUAAAGAAGAUACAGAAGAAUAUAAUUUGAGAGACUACUUUGAAAAGUAUGGCAAGAUUGAAACCAUAGAAGUUAUGGAAGACAGGCAGAGUGGAAAAAAGAGAGGAUUUGCUUUUAUUGUAACUUUUGAUGAUCAUGAUACAGUUGAUAAAAUUGUUGUUCAGAAAUACCACACUAUUAAUGGGCAUAAUUGUGAAGUGAAAAAGGCUCUUUCUAAACAAGAAAUGCAAUCUGCUGGAUCACAGAGAGGUCGUGGAGGUGGAUCUGGCAACUUUAUGGGUCGUGGAGGAAACUUUGGAGGUGGUGGAGGUAAUUUUGGCCGUGGUGGAAACUUUGGUGGAAGAGGAGGCUAUGGUGGUGGAGGUGGUGGCAGCAGAGGUAGUUAUGGAGGAGGUGAUGGUGGAUAUAAUGGAUUUGGAGGCGACGGUGGUAACUAUGGCGGUGGUCCUGGUUACAGUAGUAGAGGAGGCUAUGGUGGUGGUGGACCAGGAUAUGGAAACCAAGGUGGUGGAUAUGGUGGCGGUGGUGGAGGAUAUGAUGGUUACAAUGAAGGAGGAAAUUUUGGAGGUAACUAUGGUGGUGGUGGGAGCUAUAAUGAUUUUGGAAAUUAUAGUGGACAACAGCAAUCAAAUUAUGGACCCAUGAAGGGGGGCAGUUUUGGUGGAAGAAGCUCGGGAAGUCCUUAUGGUGGUGGUUAUGGAUCUGGUGGUGGAAGUGGUGGAUAUGGUAGCAGAAGGUUCUAAAAUCUCAGAAGAAAAGGGCUACAGUUCUUAGCAGGAGAGAGAGCGAGGAGUUGUCAGGAAAGCUGCAGGUUACUUUGAGACAGUCGUCCCAAAUGCAUUAGAGGAACUGUAAAAAUCUGCCACAGAAGGAACGAUGAUCCAUAGUCAGAAAAGUUACUGCAGCUUAAACAGGAAACCCUUCUUGUUCAGGACUGUCAUAGCCACAGUUUGCAAAAAGUGCAGCUAUUGAUUAAUGCAAUGUAGUGUCAAUUAGAUGUACAUUCCUGAGGUCUUUUAUCUGUUGUAGCUUUGUCUUUUUCUUUUUCUUUUCAUUACAUCAGGUAUAUUGCCCUGUAAAUUGUGGUAGUGGUACCAGGAAUAAAAAAUUAAGGAAUUUUUAACUUUGCAAUAUUUGUGUAGUUCAGUUUUUCUACAUUUUAGUACAGAAACUUUAACAAAAUGCAGUUUUGAAGGUGUUUCCUUGUGAGUUAACAAGUAAAGAAGAUCAUUGUUAAUUACUAUUUUGUAUGAAUUUUGCUAAAGUUAACUGUAAAGAAACACCUGCUGACUUGCAGUUUAAGGGGAUCUAUUCUCCCCAUUUCCAAACCAUGAAAUGAAUGGGCUCUGACAUGUGGAGAGAAUAGAUAUUUGUAUGUUUGCAAUGUGUGUUUUAGAUAAUAGAAUUGGGUAUUUAAAUUAGCAUAUUUGUGGAUUUAAUAGCAUUAAGAUUUACUUCAAAUGAAAAAUCUCAAAAUUCCUAUUUGGUUUUUGUGCAUUUUCUUUCAAAAUGUAAUCAUAUGAUUUUAGUGUAUUAGCUUUGCUGAGAGUCCUAGCUGUGUUUAGAACAUCUCCAUUCUACAUUCACCUUGGUCACAUGUGAACUGCUGCCAUAGUUUUAUUUGGGUGUAAAGAAUGUCUCCUGCCCUCUGUUUAAAUUCUGGAAAGGGAUAGUGAAUGUUUUCCGUUUCCUCCUACCUUAAGAAACAUUCUUAAAAUCUUCAAAAUACAGGACCACUAAGCCUGCUCUAUCUGAGCGAAUUAGUGGCUACAUUUUUUUUCCUUUUUAAAGCACAAGAGGCCCAUAAAUUUUCAGUUAUUUUCCUUGGUUGAAUAUAUAUUUUUUUGAUACAAGCUCUCAGAGCAAGAGAAUAAAAAUCAUGCAUUGUUGAACCCUUAACUGGCUGGCAUGCUUUCCUGUUUGUACCUCCUGCAUUUUACUGGAUGAAACCAAGGAUAGUCUAGAUAUAAUCAUCCCAAGUGAUUACUGCAGUAGAAGUGUAGCACAGUUGCUUAGUACAAACAAGCUUUUCACUUCCUCAAGACCUGAAUUCAAAUUUGGGUAGUCAAGAGUUUGUACUCACUAAAAAUCCCAAAGAACACACUGUUACUUCCAUGUGUAUGCUUGAACCUAAAUCAUGUUGGUAUGAGUUUACAAUUUGUUUGGAAGACCCUGGUUGAGAGGAGUCUUAGAUAUAACAAGGUCAUAUAUAUAUAUAUAUAAACCAAUGUCUACUGUUUCGCGCCAGCUAGUGCUUAAAAUUUCAUUCGAGCCCUAAGUAUGUGCCCUGCUGUUAUUAUUUCUUCGGUAGUUGAACGUUAAAUUUGAGAUUCUUAUUUUUGUUUUAAGAAGUACUAAGCAAAACAAGCAAUAAAAGGGGGGAUGGGGCGUGCUAGUGUUUGAAUAUGCUCUCGUUGCUCUAAUUCUGUGCCUCUGUGCAUUAAUAUUUGGAUGCAUGCAAUGCCAGCAUGGAAAUCGGUCUUCACAGACACUGCAGUUUUCCAGAAAACACUCACAAACCAAUAAAUGUAACAGACAACAUUCCAUUUGUUAAUGGACAUAUGUGAAUAAGCAGUGUAGAAAAUAGGCUAAUUAUUAGAAAAUGGUUAAGUCUUUAACAACUUCAAGUGUUGGUUAUAUAAAUGGACACUGUCAAUGUUCAUAACUUAAACCUGGGUACCUGGUCAAAAUAAUGCUUGGGGAACAUUUUAUUAAAAUUAAGCUAAAUUGUCUCAAUUUCUUUUAUUCAUAUAAUAAAGGUUGAAGGAAUGGGGGAGAUUAACAUUUCCUGUUUCUAUGUUUGUGAAAUUGUUUGACACAACCUUGACAGUAUCCUUUAAUGGCAUAUGAGGUUAAUUUGUACUGUUAACAAACUUUCUAUGUUCUGGAAGUAGUUUAAUAGUGAAAAUAUUGUUAGUAAGUUGAUGUUUGCAACCUAUAAGCAGGUGAAAUCUGUGUAUGUGACCUGUUUAUAAGUUGUAUUAGCUUAGUUCUUGUGAACAGUGUGGAAAAGUUAAGCCAUGAGGAGAGCGAUUUAACCAGCUUUAAAGGACCUAAGAUGUGCUUUUUAAGCACAGUGUGGAUCAAAGACUCACUAAGACAGGACUUCAGCAGCCUUUUGAGUAUGGACAAGUCAGCAUAAAUAAAGAAUGACAAGGCAGCAGCAAGAGCUUCAACUACAGAGAAGUGAAGGCAUAAGAUACUAUGGUGAUAGUGAGCAACUUUCCAAAAGCUAGUUAAAUCUGCUUAUUACAACUGAAAUAUCGAAGAAAGUCUAGCAGGAAGGAGCUCUUCGCCUUUUGGAACACCAAUGAGAGAUAGUUGGCCACAGUCACUAGGUCUAGCAUUUAGACCUGCAAGGAAGGGCAAUAAGCAUUAGGUAAGGCUUGAAUUUGAAUUUUUUCACUAAUUAAAGAGUAAUUUUUUGUAAAGCAAGGUAAGAGUAAUUUUUUUGAU